UACACCUAUUAUCCGGCACGCUGUUCGGCAUCUCGAAUGAAAGGAUUACCCAGCCAGCAGGAAUCGUCUAUUAGUCUUAAGGCAAAUGAAGCGGUAGGGGACUAUCACGUGACCACUGAAGUUCGAGAGCACUAUGCCCCCAGUCAGCUGCGGCCCCGUGGAAUGGUUCGCCGCAGAGACAUGAUUCAGCCGGCACCAGUGGAUGUUCCACUGGAGAGUUUGACUGUUUACAAAACCAGUUUCCUGGGUAAAAGCUGUGCCCGAAUUCGACGAUUUCAACCAAUCGAUGAGGGGAUAAACGGACUGGAAACCACUGUUCAGCGUGCCAACAAACAGAUAAACGAGUCAGGAACGCAUAAGCUUAAGGAGACAGACAAAUCGUGCGCUAUCGAUGAUCAAGAUGCUUCAAACGUAUCCUUUGUGCAUUGGGCCGAAAUCCAAGCGGAAGUCUAUCGCGAAUAA